GCCCAAUACUCGGAGUACUUCGUAUGAUAUUUUCAAGCGUUCUGAUUGGCUGGUUUCAAUGGUGCGAAUCGAAAAUGGUCGUCGUAUUUUCUGCCAUUCCAACAGCAACAUCAUGCGCCGAUACCUGGUCGGCGCAUCGCUCCGCCACGCUAUGGGAAGUCGCCGCCAUUGCAUUGGAGGUCUGCAUGCAGCCACAACGCUUCUCUCCCACGCCCACUCUCUCGCAGGAACUGCGUCAUCCUUCCAUUCAUCCGCCGCCGUGGCCUCGACAGUGAACAACACGAAAGCGUUCGUGUCGAAGUACUACGAGUUGGACGACCACCGUGCCAUCGACGAAUAUCUCCGUCGCAAGAGCCUUGUGCUCAAGGAAACGUCCACGCACUACGUCGUUCGCGACUGCCCCUUCUGUCAUGCGACCAAGGGCCGCGCGGACAACCUGUUCAAACUGUACAUCAACAAAUCCAACGGCGUGUACAUCUGCCAUCGGUGCGGCGCCAGUGGCAGCUGGUUCACGUUUAAACAAAACCUCGGAGCCUCCAACGACGUUGUGGAAGCGUCGAUGGGGUAUGCCGACUCGCACCAGUCGUCCCGCCACGACGUUCCCACUGCCAUUUCAGCGCUGGACAAUGCGAAAGCCAUUGCGCUCACGCGGAAUCUCCACGAUGACGCGGACUGCCGCCACGUGCUGGACUACCUCACGACCACCCGAGGACUCGACCCUGAUGUGUUGUCGAAAUACUGCGUCGGUGCGAUCCAGCAGCCAUUCUACGGCAAGGACGGCGAGUCCGAGACCAAAUGGUGCGCUACGUUUCCGUGGAUGGCGCGGAAGGUGGACAUUGCCGCGAUGGGGGCCGAGUUGGCCACCCCCGACGACCCGGCUUCUUCGUCAGGGGUCGACGCCAACCUCUUCAACGUCGUGCGGCUCAAAGUCCGCGCCAUCGACGACAAGUCCAAGCAGCGCCUCGUGCCCAAAGGCGGCAGCUGGGGGCUCUUUGGCUGGAACACCAUCCCCCACGACGCCGACUCGGUCGUGGUGACCGAAGGCGAGUUCGACGCCAUGGCCGUCCAUCAAGCGACCGGUCGGCCGGCCAUUUCGCUGCCCAACGGAUGUCGGUCCCUCCCGCCGGCGGUCCUGCCGCUCCUCGAGCGCUUCUCGUCCAUCUACCUCUGGAUGGACAGCGACGUACAUGGUCAGGAAAGCGUCGACAAGUUUGUGGCCAAGCUGGGUGUGGCGCGGACGUACGUUGUGCGGGCCACGGGCGCCAAGGACGCCAACGACGCGCUACUGGCCAAGAUGGACCUGAAUGCGAUUCUGGACAAGGCCACGCUCAAACCGCAUGCACAGAUCACGACGUUUGACGACUUGCGGGCAGAAGUGCUCGACGAAAUGAUGAACCCUCUGCGAGCAAGUGGUGUGCAGUCGCGGUCGAUCCCAGCGUUGAAUUCGUACUUGAAAGGGUUUCGAAGCGGGGAGCUCACAGUCGUCACGGGGCCCACGGGCUGCGGGAAGACGACGCUGCUGAGCCAACUGUCCCUCGACUGGUGUGCCCAAGGCGUGAGUACGUUGUGGGGGUCGUUUGAGAUCAAGAACACUCGGCUGGUGCACAAGAUGCUCACGCAGAUGGCGGGGCGGUCGCUGGCUCUGAAUCUGGACCUGUUUGAGCGCACAGCGGACGAGUUUGAGGCGCUUCCCAUGUACUUUUUGCGGUUCUUCGGCAGUUCCGACGUGGACGAGGUGCUGGACGCCAUGGAGUACGCCGUGUACGCGUACGAUGUGCAGCAUGUGAUCCUGGACAACGUGCAGUUUAUGAUGUCUGGGCAAGGCCGCGGGUACGACAAGUUUGAGCGGCAGGACGCUGCCCUGGAUAAGUUUCGCAAGUUUGCCACGGCCAAGAAUGUGCAUGUGACACUGGUGAUUCACCCUCGGAAAGAACAAGAUGACACGGACUUGACGCUGUCGUCCGUGUUUGGAACGGCCAAAGCCACACAGGAAGCGGACAAUGUGCUCAUUCUGCAGCGCAAUCGCGGCGAUGUCAAGCUGGACGUCCGCAAGAACCGCACAAUAUGUUUGGAUAGAUUUGACGGGUCGUUGGGGUCCAUUGCCCUCCAGUUUGACAAGGAAGCAGUGUGCAUGCGGGAGAUGUUUCCCACGGCCAUGGACGAAUCGCUAGCUUCGCGCGACUUGGAGCUGCAAAUGGAGCGAGAAGCACGACAGCGCUAUGAAGCAUCUGCUGCUACUGAUUCGUCGUCUAGAGUUCCUGGCAUCAACCCAGCACCAUCCAACGUGCAAGGGCCUUCAUGUGACGGCAGCAGACAUCAUGCCACCGACCCCAGCAAUGGAGCUCCUGUCAACGGGCAAGUUAACGGUGUGAAUGGCCGAAGGGUCAUCAACGGGCACCACUCGCCCGAGCCGUUCUCGUUGUUUACGCCCAUUAUUACUCGAUAAACAAUAUAUAUAUAUGUAUAUAUCG